CCAUGAAAACACCAAAUGGCGGAUGACGCCGGUGCUGCGGGAGGGCCCGGAGGCCCGGGGCCCCGGCAUGGGAAGUCGCGGCGGUUUCCGCGGAGGUUUUGGCAGCGGCCUGCGGGGGCGUGGCCGCGGCCGUGGUCACGGGCGUGGCCGUGGGGCCCGUGGAGGAAAGGCCGAGGACAAGGAGUGGAUCCCAGUCACCAAGCUGGGCCGCCUAGUCAAGGACAUGAAGAUCAAGUCGCUGGAGGAGAUAUAUCUCUUCUCGCUGCCCAUCAAGGAGUCAGAGAUCAUCGACUUCUUCCUGGGCCCGGCACUCAAAGACGAGGUGUUGAAGAUCAUGCCGGUGCAGAAGCAGAUGCCUGCUGGCCAGUGCACUCGCUUUAAGGCCUUCGUCACCAUCGGGGACUAUAACGGACACGUGGGUCUGGGGGUGAAGUGCUCCAAGGAGGUGGCCACUGCCAUUCGGGGGGCCAUCAUCCUGGCCAAGCUCUCCAUCGUGCCCGUGCGGCGAGGCUACUGGGGGAACAAGAUUGGCAAACCCCACACCGUCCCUUGCAAGGUGACAGGCCGCUGUGGAUCAGUGCUGAUGCGCCUCAUCCCUGCGCCCAGGGGCACUGGCAUCGUGUCCGCACCAGUGCCCAAGAAGUUGCUGAUGAUGGCUGGGAUUGACGACUGCUACACCUCAGCCAGGGGCUGCACUACCACCCUGGGCAACUUUGCCAAGGCCACGUUUGAUGCCAUCUCCAAGACCUACAGCUAUCUGACUCCAGACCUCUGGAAGGAAACCGUAUUCACCAAGUCCCCUUAUCAGGAGGAGCAAGUCCACAUAAUUGUAAGCUUCACCUAUUUCAUGUAA